GUGGCCGUGUAGAAAAGGCUUAUCUUCCCAACUGCCAAUCUCCCAUGCUUAGAGCAACGUAUUAAAACGCCCACUUCAAAAAGGAAGGGGAAAGAAAAGAAGAAAAACAGAGGAUAUUGGGUUAUCCCAGAAACAGAGCAUGGCAGCCCUGAAACUGCCUCACUCUCCAAGCCCCAUUCAUGGACGCCAAUAUCUCGUUCCUUUUCCCGCCUCCCCCAUUAUAUUCCCAAAGCCACCAUCCCCACGCCUAUCAAAUUACAGUUUUCCCAUUUCACAUGGCUUUCUUGCAAGAACCUUGGCCCUUUUCUCUCCUGGCAUCUUGGUGUGUAGCAAUAGUUAUUUGAGAGGAGCAUGGGGCAAUCAGUCAAAAACUAAAUCAGCAUCGGUACAGCCUGUCACAGCAGAAUUGAUGGAAGAUCAGCCAAAGGAUUCCCUUGUCAGUGGGGAUUCUAUACGCCGACGAUUUCUUGAUUUUUAUGCUUCCCGUGGUCACAAGAUCAUUCCUAGUGCUUCUCUUGUGCCAGAUGACCCAACAGUCCUACUGACAAUUGCAGGAAUGCUUCCCUUCAAGCCUAUAUUCCUUGGAAAAAUUCCCAGACAAGUACCUUGUGCUACUACUGCACAAAGGUGUAUACGUACAAAUGAUGUGGAGAAUGUUGGCAGAACGGCAAGGCAUCAUACAUUUUUUGAAAUGCUAGGCAAUUUCUCCUUUGGAGAUUACUUUAAGAAGGAAGCAAUCCAAUGGUCAUGGGAGCUUUCCACCGUGGAAUUUGGGUUGCCACCUGAGAGAUUAUGGAUAAGUGUGUAUGAAGAUGAUGAUGAAGCUUUUGAAAUAUGGCACAAGGAGGUGGGUGUUCCUGUUGAACGCAUAAAAAGAAUGGGUGAAGAUGACAACUUUUGGAUGAGUGGUGCUACUGGUCCCUGUGGCCCAUGCUCUGAGAUUUAUUAUGAUUUCCAUCCUGAGAGGGGAUAUGCAGAUGUGGAUCUUGGGGAUGAUACAAGGUUUAUAGAGUUCUACAAUCUGGUUUUCAUGGAAUACAAUAAAAAGGAUGAUGGAACACUUGAGCCCCUAAAACAAAAGAACAUCGAUACUGGUCUUGGCUUGGAGCGUAUGGCUCGCAUCCUUCAAAAGGUUCCAAACAACUAUGAAACUGACUUGAUUUAUCCAAUUAUAGAAAAGGCAUCAGAACUGGCUAAUAUGUCAUAUGCCUUGGCAGAUGAGCAAACAAAAUUGAAAUUGAAGGUUGUAGGAGAUCAUCUACGUGCAAUAGUAUAUCUCAUAUCCGAUGGUGUUUUGCCAUCAAAUAUUGGUAGAGGUUAUGUGGUUCGACGACUUAUAAGAAGGGUUGUUCGUGCUGGCAGGUCCCUUGGUAUAAAGGGGGAAGUACAAGAUAAUCUUGAAGGAGCAUUUUUACCAGCAAUUGCAGAAAUAGUAAUGGAAUUAAGUACCCAUAUUGAUUCAGAUGUCAAGAUUAAAGCACCCCGUAUUCUUGAGGAGCUGAAGAAGGAAGAGCUUCAUUUUGUGCAAACUCUAGAGAGAGGAGAAAUCUUACUGGAAAAAAUGUUAGCAGAUGCAUUAUCAAAUGCUCAGAAAAGUGGGACUAUGCCUUGCUUGUCUGGAAAAGACGCAUUUCUUCUAUAUGACACUUUUGGAUUUCCAGUGGAGUUAACAACAGAAAUUGCUGAAGAACAUGGUGUUACUGUAGAUAUGAAUGGUUUUGAUCAAGAGAUGGAAAACCAAAGGCGUCUAUCUCGGGCUGCUCAUAAUGUUGUUAAAAUUGAGGCUGAAGAUGGUGCUAGUCCUACAGAAUAUAUAAAUGAAACUGAAUUUGUAGGAUAUGACAGCCUUUCCGCUCGAGCAGUAGUAGAAAGCCUCAUGGUAAAUGGAAGUCCAGUGAUACAGGUUUCUGAAGGAAAUGAUGUAGAGGUUUUGCUGAAUAGAACACCAUUUUAUGCUGAAUCAGGUGGUCAAAUUGGAGAUCAUGGUUUUCUAUAUGUUACUGGAGGUGAAAACCAACAGACAGCUGUUGUCGAGAUCAAGGAUGUCCAAAAAUCCCUGGGUGACAUAUUUGUUCAUAAGGGGACUAUCAGAGAGGGGGUUUUGGAAGUUGGCAGAGAAGUUGAAGCAGCUGUGGAUGCAAAACUCAGGCAGCGGGCAAAGGUUCAUCACACUGCUACCCAUUUGUUACAAGCAGCACUUAAGAAAUUAAUUGGCCAGGAAAUAUCACAAGCUGGUUCAUUGGUGGCUUUUGAUCGUCUCAGAUUUGAUUUCAACUAUGGCCAUGCCCUUACUGACACUCAGCUUGAAGAUAUUGAGCGACUGAUAAAUGGGUGGGUUGGGGCUGCAGCAUUUCUUGAAACAAAAGUGAUGCCUCUUAAGGACGCAAAAGAAGCUGGUGCCAUUGCAAUGUUUGGGGAAAAAUAUGGUGAGCAGGUAAGAGUUGUGGAAGUUCCUGGCAUAUCAAUGGAACUUUGUGGUGGGACCCAUGUCAGAAAUACUUCUGAAAUACGUGUCUUCAAAAUAAUAUCUGAGCAAGGGAUUGCAUCUGGAGUCAGGCGCAUAGAAGCUGUUGCUGGUGAAGCAUUCAUCGAAUAUAUCAAUGCCAGGGAAUAUCAUAUGAAGAAUCUAUGCUCCAUGCUCAAGGUGAAAGCUGAAGAAGUGACAACCAGGGUAGAAAAACUCUUAGAGGAGUUACGAAUGUCAAGAAAUGAAGUUGCCAAUUUGCAUACAAAAGCAGCAGUGUAUAAAGCAUUAACGAUUGCAAGCAAGGCAUUCGAAGUAGGAACUUCACAAAAGAUAAGGGUACUAGUUGAGUCCUUGGAUGAUGUGGAUGCUGAUUCACUAAAAGUUGCUGCUGAGCAUUUAAUUGAUACACUGCAAGAUCCUGCAGCAGUAAUCUUGGGCUCCUGUCCAGAUGAAGGGAAGGUUAGUUUAGUUGCUGCUUUCACUCCAGCAGUGGUUGAUCUCGGUAUACAGGCUGGGAAGUUUAUAGGCCCCAUAGCUAAGCUGUGUGGUGGAGGAGGUGGUGGCAGGGCAAAUUUUGCUCAAGCUGGUGGGAGGAAGCCUGAGAAUCUGCCAAGUGCCCUUGGAAAGGCACGGGAAGAGAUUGUCUCUAUUCUAUCUGAAAAAGCAAGCUGAGAUACUUCUAACUUUAUACAUGGUCAAAAUACAGUGUCAUCCAUUUUUUUUAAUAUAAAAAUAUGGUAAAGAUGGCAGGGGCCGAUGAGAAUGCCUUUAUAUAAGAUGGGUGGGCAGGAGGGAAACUGGAAAACUGUACAGGUAAUCUUACAUUCUUUUUAAAGAUGAAUGUCAUAGCCAAAAUUGUAUGUCAUAGAAGAAUAUAGUGUUUCCUCAACUACUACAUUGCUGGUAGUUUUAGCUAAUGCUGGGUAAAUGAUAGCCGCACUUAACUGGUAGUUUUAGCUAAUGCUAGGUAAGUGAUAGCGGCACUAUCAUGGGCAUUCAUAGGCUGUUGCCCCCUUUUUGUUUCCCGACGGUCUUUUCAUUUCAGUGUUAUGCUUUUAAUAUGCAAUUUGUUGUGCUGGACUA